AUGGCCCCACCCUGUUCAAUUGUAGACAUUUACCAUGCCCCGCCAAUCAAGGGUCUAGAAUCAGCCAAAUUAUCUAUGAAGAGAAUUCUCGAUGCUUUAAAUGAUGAAAAAAUCAGGGUUAUUGGCAUAUAUGGCAUGCGGGGAGUAGGAAAAACUACCCUCGUGAGAAAUGUGAACAACCAUCUAAAAGGGACACUAAAUUUCAGUAGAGUCAUAAUGGUGGCAGUGUCCAAGGAAGUGGACCUGAAAAGGGUCCAAAAUGACAUUGCAAAGCGAUUGGGCCUGGAUCUCAAGGACGAAAGCGUAUCUCGUAAAGCGACUCAACUCAUGAAGAGACUGAUGGAAGAGGAGAAGUUCCUCAUCAUCUUUGACGAUCUAUGGGCUAGAAUCGAGCAGGCCAAUGUGGGUAUUCCUUCUAGUGAGCACCACAAAGCUUUUAAGAUCAUAUUCACUUCACGGAGUGAAGAUGUUUGCAGAAAAAUGGAGGCCGACUUCAAGAUCAGGGUGGAACUGCUCUCCAAAGACGAGUCGUGGAAAUUGUUUAAAGCGAAAGCAGGCAAGGUUGUUGAUUAUCCUACAUUGCAUACUGUGGCAGAGAUGGUUGCUAAUGAAUGUCGUGGUCUGCCAUUGGCAAUUGUGACAGCUGGAAGGGCGUUGAAUGAUGAGAAGAGCUUCAGAGUGUGGAAUCAUGCAUUGUCGGAAUUGAAGAAGUCCGCCCCUAAGAACAUCAGAGGCAUGGAGCAAGAGGUGUAUCGAUCCCUAAAAUUAAGCUACGAUCAUUUGCAAACUGAGGAGUUAAAGUUGUGCUUCUUGUUUUGUAGUCUGUUUCCAGAAGACUACGAAAUUGAUGCAGAUCAAAUGAUUAGAUGUUGGAUGGGUGAAGGGUUUCUAGAGGAUGUUGAAACAUUGGAGGAAGUUCUGAACAAGGGACAUACAUUGGUUGAAAAAAUCAAAGCUGCAUGCUUGUUAUUAGAUUGUGACAAAGAAGGGUAUGUAAUGAUGCACGACAUAGUUCGAGACAUGGCCAUUUCAAUUGUGUCUAAUGAUGAUUCCUAUAAAUUCUUUGUCAGAGUGGGAUUGGCAUUGAAAGAAUGGCCAAAAGUGGACCGGUGGGAAGAAUACAAGAGGAUUUCGGUGAUGCAAAACGAGAUCGAAAUGCUACCUGAGAGGUUGGAAUGUCCUGAACUGUUAACGUUGAUGAUGCAGGAAAAUGACAAUUUUAGCAAAAUACCAGAUCGGUUCUUUGAAGGUGCAAAAUCACUUCGUGUUUUGGACCUUGGUAGAACUUUUAUCACGCGACUGCCAUCAUCAAUGUCAUAUUUGUUGAAUCUACGGGAACUUUGCCUACAAGGAUGCUUGCAUUUGGAAAUAAAAGGUUUGUCACCACUCAGGUCACUGAAAGGACUUGAAUCUCUUUAUCUUUCACGAAGCGCAAUCAGCGAAUUGCCAGCUGGAAUAGGUGAAUUGGCCAAUUUAAGGCGUUUGGACCUAUCCUUCAAUCCGAGCCUUAAAAUUCUGCCAGCAAAUGUAAUAACGAAGCUGACUCGUCUGGAAGAACUAAAGAUGGUCUUAAGCUUUACAGGGUGGGAAGCUGCAGGGACAAGAAGGUGGGGCAAAAGCAAUGCUUCUUUAGCCGAAGUCGCAUCUUUGAGACAGCUGAGUUGUUUGUGCCUUGACAUAGUAGAAGCAGGCAGUUUUCAGCAAGAUAUCAUAUCUAAAUCUUGGGAAAAAUUGGAGAGGUUUUGCUUCCGAAUAGAUCAGUUAGAGUAUGAUUCUAAUGUCUUUGAUGACUUGAGAAGUCACCGUCGAAUGAUGAUCAUUGAUGGUCACAAGUCCGUACCUCAAUGGGCUAAGAUUUUGUUCCCAAGAACAACCUUCCCACAGCUAUAUUAUCGUAAGGGCCUAACAACAAUCUCUGGACUAGAUACAGAUAAGACAGUGGCGGUCAGUUUUGAAAGUUUAGAAUAUCUUGAAAUCUAUAAAUGCCUAGAGAUGGAAUACGUGCUAGAUGGAGAGGGCACCACGGAGAAUAUGUUACAAAAUAUUGUCUUUGAUGACGAAUCUCUUCCAGAAAGAACGUUUCAAAAUCUAAGGUACGUCAAAGUGGUGGAAUGCGACAAGAUGAACAAUGUAUUCACAUCCAGUUUAUUGCAAUGUUUGCAAAAUCUAACCAACCUAGAGGUGUAUAACUGUGGAAAAAUGGAGUAUGUGCUUAUGGGUGCAACAGUAGGGUCACGACAGGAAAAUAUGCUUCCGAAACUCAAAACUAUGCAUCUUGAGGGUCUACCGAAGCUGAGAAGUAUCUGGAUGGGAUCAGUUGCACCGCUCCAAAAUGUCUGAUGCUUGAGCUUUGUUAAAUGUAAUGCAUUGAAAGUGGCCCUCUCAUCGACUCUAGCAAAGGGGCUACCUAAUAUGGUAGAGUUUCAUGUACACAAUUGUGAUGGAGUUGAGGUGAUAAUAUCCCAAGCAGAUGGGGUGGUCGAUAAGGGAAUGCUGCCCCAUUUAACAUUCUUGGAGUUACGUGGCCUGCCGAAACUGGGACAUAUAUGUGAAGGGGUGUUGGACUGGCAAUCAUUGGAAGAGAUCGCAGUGAAAGAGUGUUUAAGUUUGAAGAAGCUCCUCCUGGAUGCACGAAGUGCGCCCUGCUUACGGUGGGUCAGAGGAACAAAGAGGUGGUGGGAUGGGCUGGAAUGGGCCAAAGAGCAUGCCAAGGCCCACUUUCAGCCAAUGUUUAGAGACGUCGACAUCCAUCCUCGAGCAUUUCACGGGCUUUGCUACUACUUCCUACCGGACGAAGUGAGUGGUAUGGUACAAACCACAAUGGUCUAGUUAUAAAGAAUAUGGGCUUGAUCACCCCACCUGGGAUUAUGUUCAACCCCAUCUACAAACACUAAGUUGGCGCAUGUUAUAAGCAUCCAAGUUGUUCAUUAUGUGGACCCUGCUGUG